GUAAAAAGAAAGAGGAAGAAAACCAACCAGCUGACAACACUCCUCCAGAUUUUUAUAUGGCAGAAUUAGAGCUCCAGAUUAACCAGGUUAUGAGUGGCCUGGAGAGUCUGGCUGAAUCACUUGGUGUAGUGGCUGACCGGAUGAACAGAUUGGAGGACACUCACUCAAGUUACUCUGAUUUGCAUGAUUUGCAUGAUGCACAAGAUGAUGACUAUUCAUACACUAAUGAUGAAGUCUGGCAACAAGAUAAUGACUCAAGAAGCUCCAUUUAUAGAAAUGAUGAAGAAACUAGGUUGGAAUUCCUGCAGCAGCAAGCAGCUAAAGAUUAUGACUGCAAGCUGGAAACAAGCCAAUACCAAGGUGCAAGACCAAGACUUGGAAAUGACUCUGUAAAAGGGCGGAAAAUAUCUGUUGAUAAAGGCAUUAAUUUUGAUGCUUUUACGGACAUAGAAAGUUGUCCAACAGAAAUUGAAGCUCUGACACAGAAAUGGAAUUUAGCUUUAGAUGACCCUUCUUUUAAUUUAGUAGAUGAUGGUGGAACAUUAGAAAAAUUUUUGAAGGAUGUAUCUGAAAGUUUUGAUAAUUUUACAUCAUUUGGAAAAUAUGGUAAGACUCAGUUGAGAGUGAACACAAGAAUACACCCAAGCCAUGAGUCUCUUAAUCUGUCACAAAACAAUAGUGGAGUAACCGAAAGCAUAGCCCAUCAGAAAGGAAUACACACCGACAAUGUUGAUGGUUCAGUUCCCCGAGGCAUCAGCUCAAGAUUGUGCAGGACUCAGACACAGGGGAGAGGGAAGGGCCAUGUAGAGGCAUUAGAUAUUUCUUACUUAGAAUCUGAUCACGAAAAUGAAAGUAACUAUUAAAGUUAACAAAGACAGUUAAAAUGAAGGCAUGAAAAUGAAAGUAACUUAAUGUGAACAAAGAGUUAAAAUGAAAGCAGUUAAAUAAAUUUAUGAUAAUUUUAGAGAAGGCUGUGAGACUUGCUACUUAAUGUUAGAACUCUCUCUUCCAGCACACGCACAUCCACCUCAGUGUUUGUUCUCUGUAGUCAGUUCCGAACCUUUCACUUUGUACUUACUUAAUGGUUUAGAUUUUAUAAACAUGAAACUAUUGCAUUUCUUACAGGUGGAAGUUCAGUCAUAAGUGCAAACUGUUGUAGCCAAAUGUGGUGAUAGUUAUUCCUUUUAUGUAAAAGUCUCAUUUAGGGGGAAAAAUGUAGAGUAGCUACAUGAAUUUAAUUUUUGAGACAUUUUGGCUGAUGAGGUUCAGGUUGAGCCACCGUCUCAGCUUUCUAGAACUUUGAUUGCAGUUACUGGUUCUGCAUUAGACUUCAGAAUAGCCUGUAUUUUUCAAAAGGCACUUAUAAUGUUUUUAAAGGCACUUGUAAUGUUUUUAAUGACCAUAUAUGUAAAGGGACAACAUGCCAUUUCCAUUUAUUUGGUAGGUACAAUUUUUCUCAUUUUGUACUAAGUUGAAAACCCCAAAGAUUAUGAAAAUUAUGAAGAUUGUUCCCGCUAUCCACAAAUGCCCCAAAAAUUAUAUUAAGAAAUUGUACAUACAAACUUUAAGAUUCCUUCAAGACGUUUGCAAUGAAAGUUGUCCCUAUUAUCUUAUAAAGUUGUAUUAAGAUGAAAAUUGUACAGUUACCAAGUUAAAAAAAUAUUCACUUUUCUGAAAAUAAUUAGUUUAAAAUAUUGAAAAUUGUUGUUAGAAAGUUUGAAAUUGUAAAAAAAAUUCUACUCAAGUUAUAUAUGACAAUUGUAUAAAAAAUUACAAUUGUCAUAAGAAUGUUAGUAGUAAAUUUGAAAAUAAAAAGGGAAGGAGACUCAUCUUUUUGGGAGACUUUUUGCGAGACUUUUUUUUGCUUCAUUUUGUAUCUACCUUGUAUCCAGAGACUCUUUAGAGUAUUUAUGACAGCUUUUUUUCCAGCUUUUUGGUCCCUAUUUUUUUUUUUCACCUUUUUGAACCCAAACAGCCCAAAAAAAACAAGGACCAAAACCUGGAAAAAAAAAGGACCAAAAAGCUGGAAAAAAUAAAAGCUAUAAGUCAUAAAUACUAGAGAGUCUCUGGAAACAAGGUAGAUACAAUAUGAAGCAAAAAGUCUCCCAAAAAGAUGGAAGCAAAAAAAGUCUCCAAUUCCAAAUAUUUUUUUUUCCCAGCUUUUUGUCCUUUUUGGUAUGUUUUAGACCAUUUUUCAGCUUCCCAGUAUUUAACCGCCAUUAUAUAUUUUAGACAUGAAAGUCAUCAUGACCAAAUGAAAAUGAGGUAGGCUAUAUAAUAUAUAGUCAUGAGGUUCAUGGCAUAUUGAUAUUUUUUUGAUAUUUUUUUUUAUUUGUAUACAGAGUUUAUGACCACCUAAUAAAUUCAGGUUUGAA